AUGGUCAAAUCAUAUGAUAGAUAUGAUCAGGAGAAAUCCUUUGGGGUUAUAACCUCACAGUCCAACAUAGUAUGGCUUCCACCAUCCGACGUACAGUCCUCGUCCACAUCUGCAGGGCGAGCAUUAACUUCUGCCCUUGAAGAAAUACUCAUUUGGGAUAUCAAGACCGGAGAAAUUCUCAGUCGACUCAGAGAUGGCCUUACACCUGGUGCUUCUAACGCUCCUACUUCAUCACCACCUAGUGUAGUCACCACUUUAGCAUUCCAUGAAAUGACCAACAUCGUGGCAGCAGGGUAUGGUGAUGGGAGUGUCAAGGUGUGGGAUGUGAGUUCAGCCAGUGUCGUUAUUUCAUUCACGGGCCACAAGAGUGCAAUUACCCAGUUGAAGUUUGAUAGAAGUGGAACGAGAUUGGUUUCAGGAGCCAGCGACUCCACCAUCAUUCUUUGGGAUUUAGUGGGUGAAACUGGGUUGUUUAAAUUGAAAGGACACAAGGGACCAAUCAGUGGAAUUGAGUUCUUGUCAGAAGUGUACGACAAUGAUAAUGUCGAUGAUUUGGAAGAUUACUUGUUGAGUAGUUCAAGAGACGGGUUGAUCAAAUUGUGGGAAUUGAAGAGUCAGCAAUGUAUCGAGACUCACUUGGCCCAUCUGAAUGAAUGUUGGUCCAUGGCCGUGGAUCCAAAAAGAAGAGAUAUGGUGAUCACCAGUGGGAACAAAGAUCAAGUUAAAGUAUGGCAUUUGGACCUUGGCGAAGAAGACGGAUCUAAGAUUACUGAACGAGGACUGUUUACCAAGACCAGUAAGAACAGAAGUAAUGAAAUUGUGUUCAAGAGAGCAAAAGUCGGAUCUAGUUACCUUGACUUGUUUGCUGUUCAAAAUUCAGAUCGAACAGUCGAGCUUUUCCGAAUCAGAUCCGAAGACGAAAUAAAACGAGGCAUAACCAAACGUACUAAAAGACUAAAGGAAAAAGGAUUAGACGAUGAUGAAAUUUUGCAAUCGAUCCAAGAAUCGGAAAUAUCAAUGUUGAUCACUCCAUUCACAACCUUGCGUACCAUGGCCAAGAUAAAGUCCAUUCUGUUCACCAAUACUUCCAAACAACUCAACUUGUUGAUUUCAUUAACCAAUAACAGCAUUGAAUAUCACAAUGUACCAAUCCCAGAAAACCCCAAAAAAGCCACCCCUGGUGAAUUAUACUCGGUCAAGAAACACUCGCUUGAUAUGGCGGGUCAUAGGUUUGACAUUCGUGCCAUGGAUGUUUCCGACGAUAGCAAACUCUUGGCCACUGCUUCCAAUGGAGAACUCAAGAUUUGGAACCUUCGCACAUAUAACGUCAUUAGAACAUUUACUUUAGAAGGUGGAUAUGCCCUCUGUUGCAAGUUCUUGCCUGGUGGAAGUUUAAUUGUUGUUGGGUUCAAGAAUGGGGAUUUAGAGUUGUACGAUUUGGCUACUUCUUCCCUAGUUGAUAGAGUCGAAAGAGCGCAUUCACUCGCUAAUGAUGACGAAUCUGCUGCUAUUUGGUCGCUUGAUGUUUCACCCGAUGGAAAGACUUUGGUUACUGGUGGUAAUGACAAGUGUGUUAAAUUUUGGAACUUCAAAGUUGAACAAGAGGUUGUGCCGGGAACCGAUGCCGUUAUAUCCCAAUUGCGUUUCAAGCACACCCAAACGUUAGACUUGAACGAAGACGUUCUUUGUGUUAAGAUUUCCCCUGAUGGGAAGUAUCUCGCUGUUUCGCUUUUGAAUAACAACGUCCAAGUUGUAUUUUUCGACAGUAUGAAAUUAUUCCUUACGUUAUACGGACACAAGUUACCCGUGUUAUCGAUUGACAUUUCCUCCGAUUCCAAGUUAAUCAUCACCUCAUCGGCCGAUAAGAAUGUUAAGAUCUGGGGGUUGGAUUUCGGGGAUUGUCACAAGUCCAUUUUCGCCCAUCAGGAUUCGGUCAUGAAUGUCAAAUUUAUUGGCGACAGUCAUAACUUCUUCUCCAGUGGUAAGGACGGGUUGAUCAAGUACUGGGAUGGGGACAAGUUUGAGUGUAUUCAGAAAUUAGCAGCUCACCAGAGUGAAGUAUGGUGUAUGGCUAUCAGUAGUGAUGGGUUAGUUAUGGUGAGUACUUCGCAUGACCACUCUAUCAGAGUAUGGCUGGCUACUGAUGACCAAGUGUUUUUAGAAGAAGAAAGAGAAAAAGAAAUGGACGAAUUGUACGAAAACACGUUAUUGAACCAAGUUGCCGAAGAAGAAAGACCAAGAGACGACGAUGAAGAGGAAGUAGAUGAAGCCACGAAAGUCAGUAGACAAACCAUGGAGACAUUAAAAGCUGGUGAAAAGUUGAUGGAAGCCCUUGAUAUUGGAAUCGAAGAUAUCGAAGCGGUUAAAGAGUAUGAGCUGUUGGUCAAACAAGGCAAAUCCGCCGUGAAACCUACUCCAAAUGCCAUCUUGCUUGCAUUCAAUAUGACUGGGUGGGAAUAUGUCCUUAGUGUGUUGAUCAAGAUCAGACCCAGUCAAAUCGACGAUGCUUUGCUUGUACUUCCGUUUUCAUACUCGUUGAAGUUGUUGCAAUUGAUUGAAAUUUGGACCAACAAGCAAAACAUAAACACCAAUAUUGUGAAUUUGUCACUUAUUUGUAAAGUAUUGUUUUUCAUAAUCAGUUCCAAUGCCAAUGAGUUUAUCAAUCAAAAGGACCCGGCUAUCAAGAACCAGUUGAUUAAAGUGAAGCAGCAAUUACGGGACCAAUUAAGUGGAACAUGUCGUCAACUUGGUGUUAACACUGAAGCAUUGAAGUUUGUCAAACAACAAUGGAAGUUGACGCAUGAGACUGAGUUUAUAGAUGAACGUCAACAGAGAGAGUACGAGGAUAAAAAGGCAAUCAAGAGAACAUACACCACUAUAUAA